UUUUCUCUAUCCGGAACUUCUUAUCGUUUCGUGUUUCCAGUCGGUUUUUGGUAGAACGCGUACCGCCUUCAUCAUGUCGAGACACCUUCGCUUCAUUGCGCGGACAGUUAUGGUUAAAGACGGCGACUUUGAUGCGGCGUACAAGACUUUAAACAGGCUUCUGACUCAGGAUGGUGUUGUGGAAACAGUGACGCGCAAACGCUACUUCGAGAAGCCAUGCAAACAGCGACACCGGGAGAGCUAUGAGAAGUGCAGACGGAUCUACAACACAGAAAUGGCCAGAAAAAUCGCCUUCAUCUCCAAGACAAACCGAGAGGAUCCCUGGCUCGGCUGCUAGUGAAAUGGAAUGCCAAGAAACGGACAAUUAUCAGUGGACUGGUUCAGACAGGGCCAGCGAAAUGAAAGAAAUAGUCAAGAUCAACACAAUGUCACUGCCACAUCUAAAAGGACUUGGGAAAUUCUGAGAAAAGUGGCUUUUAUGUUGUCACAGUAUUUAACAGCAAAAUGAAGAAAACAUUUGUAGAUCUGCAUUUGCUGUCAACUCUAAUAUGGAUAUGUUUUUCUCUGCCAAAUGUGGCAUGAAAAGUGCAGUACUUGUAUUUGUACUCAUUCUUGGUUGUAAGAAGCAGUGUGAAAAUAACUGGUUGAUAAUGUGUUUUGAAUCCUUCCACAAAAUCUCACUGAUAAUAAAUGUGAAACACACUGAAAACCCAAA